AUGGCUCUCGAGUCAUUCUUCCGAGAUCGGGUCUACGCCGUCUCGGGUGGUGCAAGCGGAAUCGGUCUGGCGACGACACAGCUCUUGCUGAAAUACGGCGCCAAAGUCUCUGUGGGGGACAUAAACAUGCCCGAGAAUCUCCUUGCCGACCUGGCUCGGGAGAUUCCUCACACCACGGCGCCUGCCACCGAUACCCCGGCAGAAGCAGCCGAGAAGAGCAAGUACAUCCUUCUGAAAAAGGUCGACGUGCGGUCCCGCGAGGACGUCGAGUCGUGGAUCGCCGAGACCGUGGAGCGAUUCGGGACGCUGGACGGCGCGGCGAACCUCGCGGGCACGAUCCCCCAGGACCACAACAUCGGCGGCAUCGAGGAUGUCGACGACGAGCAGUGGCGGUUUGUCUUCGACGUCAACGUGCACGGCAUGAUGAACUGUCUGCGCGCACAGCUGAAGUACAUCGGGCGAGACGGAAAAGAUGGACGACGACGAGAAGGUGGGGCCGUCGUCACCGCGGGAAGUGGGCUGAGUCUGGAGGGCAGGGAGUAUACGACGGCGUACACGGCGAGCAAACACGCCGUGCUGGGCAUGACGAGGUGUGUGGCCAAGGAGGUGGGCAAAAGGGGAGUCCGGGUCAACUGUGUAGCGCCGGGCUUCACAAACACGCCGCUGAUGAAGCAAUCCAUGGCGAUAUCCGAGGGUUCGGCGUCGGCGGAGGACUUCUCGUCGACAGCGCUCGGCAGGAUGGCACAGCCGGUGGAGAUCGCAGACACGAUCGUCUAUCUGUUGAGUGACAAGGCAACAUUCGUGACGGGAGCCUGUAUUUCUGUCGAUGGAGGUUGGCAUUGUUGA